AUGAAAAACAAGAACAAGACGACAAAAUUCCCCGUCGCACGCAUCAAGCGUAUAAUGCAGAAGGAUGAGGAAGUGGGAAAGGUCGCGCAGGCGACUCCAAUAGUCAUCUCCAAAGCACUGGAGCUGUUCCUCGCGAUGCUCGUGGACGAAGCGAACAAGGUCACCGCAGAUCGCGGCGCAAAACGCGUUGAAGCGUACCACUUGAAACACGCCGUGGAGACAGUUGAGAUGCUAGACUUCCUGAAGGAGAUCGUAGAGGGCGUACCUGAUCCCUCCGCAGGUGGAACCAUCGACCUAGAU